AUGACUACACCCACCGUAUCUACAGCAAGGAUACAGCGCUUGCUGGGCUUCAGCAUAGGGUUAGUGUCCAUCUCUGCCGAGCCGGUUCUCUCGCACCCUUUUAUCGUAUGUCGUCUACAACGACAGAUGCACACAGUCGCACCUCUGGGUAGUGCGCGUAAAGAUCCAUUGCGGAUGCUGAGGUGUGAUAGGGUUUUAGGGCACAUGGAUGGUGUGCUCGAUAAGUAUGGCCUGUGGGCACUCUACCAGGGGUUUGGCACCUUCAUCACCAUGAACACCUUAUCCACCGUCGCAUACUUAACUGUGCGCGGGACGCUACAGGGCAUCUUCGGCGAUCCGCUGGGAACAGAAGAUGAGAAUGACCUUGAACGUUCCUAUACAAAUGAAGGCGUCCCCUAUGCGGCGGUGCUCUCCACUCUCCUACAGCGUAGCCUCAGUGCCAUGGCCACGUUACCCUUCUACGCCGCAACCAUUGUGUGUCUAGUACGCGACUGCACACACUCCCUCCCCGCGCCACAGCACAUGAGCAUGUGGUGCACACUGUUCCGGCAGGUCCCGAGCGCAGUAGUGGGCAAUUGUAGAGGAGUGGCCACUGUGGCGGUGGCUGUGGCUGGGACUGGGGUGGGUGGGCGUGUGGGGAUGAUCCCGCUGUAUCGCCUGGCGCUGCCGUUUGCGCUUACGGUGUUGGUGAAUGAUACGUUUGAAGAGUUCUUUACGUUUGCGUCGUUCACUCAUCUGAUGGGGAUGGUCCUGGGCGACUCGGCUGAGACCGACAAGCCCAGCACAGGCGGUAGCCUCAACUCGACCGACGGCACCGGCAUGCGUGUGGGCCGCACUCACAAUGUCACAGACCCACCCAUCACUCAUUUAGACAACGAGAGCUGGGACGACUUCUCAGUCACACAAGCACACUCCACGCUCGGUGAAAGGCCGCACACGCCCGUUAACGGCUUCUUCAAUGGCGGUGCCCAUGGGAUCGCUACUGGUGACGAGCCUCGCGGGGGGGGUGGAGCGUACCAGGACGAUUUGCCGUCGCACACCUCAGCGGAUGUGGAGAAGGAUACGCAGGGAGAUAAACCAGUGGGCACGGAGGCCCUGUUGGCCUUCGUCCCUGAUUUGUUGAGUACGUUUGUGGGUUCAUUGACCUCGGAGUUCCUCACGUACCCGCUGUGGGUUGUGCUGAACCGACUGAUUGUACAGGGCAAUGGCUGUCUGAUUGUGGACACGAUUUCAGGCCGUGGCCUGGUGCCAGUGGAUUUCAAUUAUACUGGCUAUUGGAAUUGUGUUUCCACAAUCUGGUCUGAGGAGGGAAUAUUCGGGUUUUACAGGGGAUUUUCGGCUUUCACGUAUCAAUAUGGAGCCCAUCUGAUACUGUUGAAGAUAACGAUUUCCGCCUACAAGUACUUCUCGGAUGUUUUUGUGCCACCCCCACCCCCACAACAACCGGAGAACAGGGGUCCACAGCGAAGUGCUAAUCCUGCUCCAUGGAGAGACAGUGUUUAAAUAGCGACAGUAGAAGUAACUCGGUGAAUUUUGCACCUGCAGAGCCCUUUCGCUUCAUAUCCCUUUGUAUGAAAAAAUAUAUAAGUGCAAUCCAAAUGGAGGGAUGCGUUUGUGGUGAAUGGAAGGAAUCAUCCCAGAAGGUCUGCCGUGCAAAUUGCAUCAGAUGAGAAGACUACACGAAAUGAUAGAAUAGAAAAAUAUUAAUGAUGAUGUAGAAUAGAGCGUCUUGAGAUUUAAGAGUAUAAAGCUAACAAUAUUUAAUCACCUUUAUGUUCAGUGCGCAUAACGACCAUACCAUAAUCAUUUAUAUACUGUAUCGAGAACAACAUGAACGUAUUAUUGUAAGUCGGACGUGAACACGUAUCAGGUAUUAAAAUUAAGAAUAAC